AUGGAGACAGCCAGACAUCCUUACGACACCAUUGUAAUUGGGCUUGGCUGCGCUGGUGUUGCAGCUGCUUCCGCCUUAGCCAAAGCAGGAAAUAAAGUGUUGGCACUGGAAAGUAAUGGAAGAAUUGGUGGACGAGUUCAGACAGUGAUUAGCCCAUCUAACUCCGGCGUUAUUGAGUGGGGGGCAGAAUGGAUUCAUGGUGCAGACAACUUUAUAAAUUCGAUUUUAAAAAAGCACAACGUUCUUGUGCUGCCACAAAGUCUGGAAACGAUGACUCUGCGCUCUGACGGUAGUGUUGCAACACCAAAUUCCUCUAAAAACUCCUCAUUUUUCGACCUCUUUGAAAUCGGACAACGACCAGAAACCAAUGAAGAGUUGCUUUGCUGGCACGGGUAUGGAUAUAAAACCUUAUUACAAAUUAUGUUGAAUACUUACAAUAAUGGCCCGGGACUACCGAAUCUUGACGUCGAAUUAAAAACCAUGGUCUUUCGAAUAGUAUGGCCAAGAGAUGGUAGUGGGAACGUGGAAGUGCACUGUGCUACCAAAGUGUAUAUAGCUAGUAACGUCAUUGUAACUACACCUCUAGGCUAUUUAAAGAAAAACCACAAAAACUUUUUCAACCCUCCACUGCCUAAAAAAAAGGUAGAAGCUAUCCAAAAUAUAAACACCGGUACUAUAAACAAGAUCGUUAUUAAGUUCAAUGAGCCGUGGUGGCCGAAAAAGCCAUCAUUUUUUAAAUUUGAAUGGACAGAUGAUGACGUGGCAAAAAUACCUCUUCAAGAUUCUUGGAUUACACAAAUUUUCGGGGCUAGCAGCCCCUCAGGAUGUCGAAAAUCUCUUAUAUUAUGGGUGAGAGGAACUGCUGCUGAAAGAGUCGAAAAGAUGGCUGAGCACAUAUUAAGACAAACUUGUAUGAAAUUACUCAAACGAUUUUUCGGAAAGAUCAGUACCACUCAAAACCCUUGGAUUGUACAAUGUACAACAUGGUCGUCAUCAUUUAAUAUGGGAGGCAGUUAUUCAUUUGAAAGUUAUGAUACUGCCUACACUCGUGGUAGGUCUGAUCUAGCGGAACCUUUAGUGGAUGCUACAGGAGAACUUCGCGUUCUGUUUGCCGGCGAAGCUACUCAUUCGACAAAAUUCUCCACAACACAUGGUGCUAUUGAAACUGGUCUACGAGAAGCAAGAAGAUUAGUAUCUAAUUUUAAUGUGGAAAUGUAG